AUGAUCGAGCAAGUCAUCUCUGCUUAUAUGUGCACGGUCAUUACGUUUGGACUGUUUAUUAUAUUUGGAACCACCCGAGAAUCAUUGCGGACGCUGUUGGGAAGUUCUAACGUUUGCAAUAUUUUUCGUAAUGGACGAUAUAACUCCCGAAAGAAAGUAUCCAUAGACACCAUAUCCAAAGAUAGCCCAACUAUCGUUUCAAUCGACCCCACCAUUCUUUUGGAUUCUCCUCCAGCACAUCCUCUACCAAUACAUUCUUCUCCACGUCAAUCAUAUCACCAACCACUUAGUCAACAUCUCUGUCCACUACAACUAUCCAAUUCGCUACAAACAAUUCAACCACAUCAAAACCUCCCUCCACCUCAAUUUCCACCACCAUCGGAUUCUCUUCCUCAUAUUCCAUCGCUUUCUACCCGUUUUGCCUUUUCUUUCUCUCUUGCACACAAAUUUCCAUAUGCACACUACUGUAUACAAUCCACACGUCCUGAUUCGCCGGGUAGCAAUGAAGCUUUACCUAUGCAUACAUUACCAUCUCAUUUGAGCCGAAAUUCCAUAUUUGGACGAUAUUUGUUGGAAAAGGAAAGAAAAGAGAAAGAAGAAAUGAUGCACGAUGUUUUUGGAUGA